AUGCCAAGCACUACCCCCAAGCCGGCCAAGGUGGAGCCCCCCACCGAACCUGGUCCAGAAUCUAUUCAGUACGAAUCACGAACCUCAGCCACGGAGCCAUCAGUACAUCAGGCUGUCUAUUACGACCCCUCAAAGAUUUCCCAAAACAUCGUGUCCCGUGUUGCUGCGCCAGAGACUGAGCAAACUCCGCCCACAGCACAACCGCCGUGCUUUGAGACCCUUCCCAAACUAUCCUGUCGCAUGUACCUGACAUUGAAUCUCUUGUCUGAAGAGCAGGCAACGCCCGAGAGUUUUGUUUUCAACCCUGCAAUGGCUGACUUGCGCAAAUGCGGCUAUGUUAUGUGGGAUUCGUCCCGGUUGGAUGAAUGGGGCGUGCUGAGUGAACCACUUGAUUACCUCCCUAACGAUGGUCAGGUCCAGCGCUAUGCAUUAGAACAAAAAUCCCUUGAUAAGAGACGCGCUUGGAAGAAGGAGUUUUGGGGCUUACAUGAGAAGUUGACGAAGACGGCUGUGGCGAGGCAGGUGUUGCCUAAGAUGAGAUACACCGGCGAAAAGUUUCUUGCUGCUAGGCGUAUGAUCCGAAGCUCCAAGGCGUGGGCGAUACGACUCGGGGUUGAGAUGGACAUGCCUCCGGGCUCCUUUGACUUACCCCUUGAGGAAGAGGCGCAGUCACUACUAAACCAACUGAUGGGCUGCAAUGUAAUGAGAUACCCCUGA